AUGAAUCCACCACCAGGAACCAUCGUUUUCAACACCGUUGGAAGGACCCAAUACGGUUUUGAUGUUUUCUACACAGACCUCAACGAUCAUUCUAAAGAUAACCUUCUCACUGAUGGCAUCUCAGUUAACUUCAACGCCCAAUUCACUGACGACAAAGAAACCAUUGUAUUCGUCUCAGAAAGAACCGGUUCGCCCCGUUUUUAUCUUUCCCGACCCGGAAAUAAACCCGAACUUCUCCCUUCUGUUCCUAACACACCCUUCCAAGACCGGCCAACAAUUAAAAACGGUAAAAUCUACUUCUCCUCAACGCACGUUCAACCAAACGCGCUUUUCAAAAGCUGGUCUGCUGUUUACUCUACUGCCGUCGACGGCACCGGAACUCUCACGAGGCUUACACCUCAAGGUGUUAUUGAUUACAGUCCUGCCGUUUCUCUGACCGGAAACUUAAUCGCAGUUGCUUCAUACGGUUCUCGUCGCUGGGAUGGCGAUUUUCGUGAGCUUCAAACAGACAUCGUCGUGUUCGAGGAGUCCGUCCCGGAGAAUCGUGUUGUGGUAAGCGAACGCGGUGGUUGGCCGACGUGGUUAGGAGAUUCAACUUUGUUCUUCCACAGAAUCGCCGAUGACGGUUGGUGGAGCAUCUUUCGAAUCGACUUACAGGACUCGAAUUUAACCGGAUCUCAACCGGAACCGAUUCGCAUUACACCACCUGGUGUUCACUGUUUCACUCCUGCCGCAUUGCAAAACGGUAACCGUGUCGCCGUCGCAACUCGCCGGAACGAAAGUGAUUACCGUCACAUCGAGGUUUACGAUCUCGAGACACAAACAUUUCAAAAAAUAACAGAGGCAAUAAACCCUAACUUCCAUCACUACAAUCCAUUCGUUUCUCCUGAUUCUCGCUACCUCGGUUACCACCGAUUUAGAGGCGAGUCAACUCAGGGCGUUCAGGGCGUUCAGGGCGUUCAGGGCGAGUCAACAUACCCACACCUCGACCCUGUGAUAUCUCUGGUUGAUAACAUACGGUUACUAAGACUAAACGGUGCGUUUCCAAGCUUCUCCCCGGACGGUGAUUUCAUCGCAUUCAACCACGAUAACGUAGCCACAGACGGUGGCGUUAACAUCAUAAGAUCCAACGGUUCAAAACGCUGGGGUUUAUUAAAAGGAAGAGUAUGCUUCGGUAACGCAUGGAGUCCGACGGAGAAGAACGUUAUAUACACGUCAAUCGGUCCAAUUUUCGAAUCAGUUACAAAAACGGUUCAAAUCGGACGUAUCGAGUUCGACCCGGUUCACCUCACUGACGACCGCGAAGAGAUUCCGUUUACGUUAACGAUUCUGACUAAAUACGAUUCUGGAAACAACGCGUUUCCGUCGUGUUCACCGGAUGGAAAAUUUGUGGUGUUUCGAUCUGGUAGGUCAGGGUUUAAAAAUUUGUAUAUAGUUGAUGCGGUUAACGGAGAGGCUAACGGUGGGUUGAGGAGGUUAACGGAAGGGGAAUGGAUUGAUACGAUGCCAAGUUGGUCACCGAAAGGUGAUUUGAUAGCGUUUUCAUCGAACAGGCAUGAUGCUGGAAACAGUGAGGUGUUUGGGAUUUAUGUGGUGAAUGUUGAUGGGAGUGGUUUGAGGAGAGUUGAGAUUGGGAAAAGUGUGGAUGGUGAAAGGGAAAGGUUAAAUCAUGUUUGUUUUAGUAGUGAUGGUGAGUGGCUGUUGUUUACGGGGAAUUUGGGUGGUGUAUCGGCGGAGCCGGUGGGGUUGCCGAAUCAGUUUCAGCCGUACGGGGACUUGUUUGUGGUGAAGUUGGAUGGGAGUGGGUUGAGGAGACUGACGUGUAACGCUUAUGAGAAUGGUACGCCUACGUGGUAUCACGGGGAGUUACUGUUGUCGUCUAGUGAUGGUGAUUGGGAUAAGUUGAAAGGGAAAUUUAAAGAACCUCUAUGGAUCACGUGUGACAAUUAA